CAUGGAAAUAUAGAAUCUGAUAUUAAUAAAUAAAUAAUAAUUCAUAAUAUUAUAAGUUCCAUUAGAAUGAUAAAUUAAUCACUAUAUGUAUACUUUUAAUAAUGGAUCAUCCAUUAUCCUUGAAAUUGGCUUCUCUAAGCCUCGUUUCUCAGCACAAACUAGAAUGUAUUUUGUCUACAUGUGGAAAUAAAAUAGAUUUUAUUAUUGAUCCAAUGCUUAUAAAGCCUUUAGAAAGGAUUUGUGGAGUUACUUGGCUUAGACAACAUGGGGUGGAUAAAAUCUACAAAAUGGAUCCACAACUAGGUGCAACAGCCAAUACUAAAAGAGCAUACUUAAUACCUGCAUGUAUUCAGAAGUAUAAAUGUGUACUAGACCAGAUAGCUUCAGUACUGAGCCUAAAUCCAUCUCUUUCGGAAACCAAGUGUUUUCACAUUAUCAUAGUCCCUAAAACUAUGUCUACAUAUGACUCUAUACUUGAAAGCAAAGGCUUAUAUGAUAUUGUUCAACUACAUUCAUUUUCCUGGGAACUAUUUAAUUUAGAUGACCAAUUGUUAAGUUUAGAAUUACCUUUUCUUUACAAGCAAGUUUUUGUUGAGCAAAAUCAGUCACUGUUGAGUAGUAUUGCUAUGUCAUUGUGGAGUUUGUUUCAUGUAACAGGCCAACCUAAGUGUAUUUUAUCUCUUGGUAAAGUUUCAUCAAGUGUUUUGGAUGUUUUGGAAGUAUAUAAAGAAAGUUAUCAAAGAGAUUUCAUAAAUGUAGAUAAAAAUCAAGAUUUUGGGUCAUUAAUUAUUAUGGAUAGAGAUCAAGACUAUGCAUCUAGUUUGCUGACACCUGCCACAUACACUGGCCUUUUAAAUGAGAUAUUUAGUAUUAACUGUGGACAAUUAGAUCUUAAUGUUAAGGAAACAAAAAUAAAGAAAGGUAAGGUAAACUUCACAACGGAGGAAAAAUCUGAUAAAAAAACUGUUAUAACAUUAGAUAGUUUCACUGACACCUUAUAUGGGGAAAUAAAACAUAGACACUUCUCAGAAGUUUUAAGUGUGUUAAGUUCUAAAGCAAAGCUCUUAAAAAAUGAGGACAUUAAAGCUUUAGGUAUUCAAGAAAUGAAAGAUUAUGUCACUACAAAAUUACAACAGGUUACGCUAUUUAAACAUAAUUUAGUUAACCAUGUAUUAGCUUGUGAAACAAUUAUAGCAGAAAUGAAUAAUAAAUUUGAGAAUUUGACACAAACAGAAUGUGAAAUGUUAAACAAUCGAAAUAAGAAAGGAAAUUAUACAUAA